CAAAAGGAAACCAAAAAAAUUUUAAAGUUGAAGAAUGGUUUGACAAAGCUGAUAUAAACUCGCCAGUUAUAUUAAAUCACAUAUCGCAUGCAUUAAAAGCUCUUAUAAAUAAACCUAAGAAUGUUAACAAUCAGAUGAUAUGUUCAAGAUUAUUAAACCUGGCUAUAACAACUGUGCUUUCUACUUCAAACUCAGAUGAAACAAAAAUUGAGGCUUUGCAGUUCAUUUCUGACUGUAUUUUUGAAAAUGAAAAUACUAAAAGAAUAUUCAAUAUGAUUGGUGGUAUAUGCUUUCUUUCACAAUUUGUUUCCAAGGAACUAAAUCCACAAAGGAGAAAAAAAGAAAUCUUGCCAGCUAUUUUAGACACAUUAAGUAUCGCAAUUUCUGAUAAUGAAAGCAACAAAAAAAGUGCUGGUGAAGCUGGUAUGGUUAAAUGCCUGUUGAAAUGUUUGAAAUGUGAAGAUCUAAGCGACACAGUACAUUUGAAAAGCUUUAUUUGUUUAUCCGAAAUUAUUCACAAUUGUUCGUUAUGUCAAGAGAAGCUUAUGAAAUGUGAUGGUAUGCCUAUUGUUAUUGGUAUUAUGUCCAAGAAACAGGAUGACAUCACAGCAAAAAUCGGGACAUCAAUAUUACACAGUUGCAUGCAAAACCUGUCAGAUCAUCAAAUUAACGAAUCAGAGGCAGAAGACAAUGAACCUUUAAGCAGCCUAUCUGGUAUAUUGAGUUUCUUUUCCGGUAAGAAAAAAAGUCCGAAGAAAGAGAAGAAGAAUAGGAAAUUUUUAAAAGGUUUGUUGCGCUCAAUAAAAAGUUCCGAUCCAGAACAUUUAAAACAGGUAAAUGAUUUGAUAAAGCACAUCGAAGAUAGCACAGUGAAAAAACCUCAAAAGAUACCUUUGAAAACAAAUUUGCGUAGUGGACGAAAGGAUUCGUCAAAAAAGCUCUCUGAACAUUCACCGAAGUCUCCAAAAGUUAACAAAAAAAUGAUGCAGAUGUUAAAGGAACAAACUCAACUGCUAAAAAACUUCAAAGCUGAUAUAAACAACCUGCGUGUGGAAAUCACAAGUCAGACUUCAGAUUGCGGAGGAUCUUGUGUGUCUCAUAUACAACAGUCCCCACAUGUUAAUUCAACACAUAGCAAAACUAAAUUCUCAAAUAGCGUUGAAAAAUUAAAUUUUACUCCUUUAAGAAUGGUUUAUCUUCAUCAGGCCUGUACAGCACCACCUAAACCGUGCACCAUUCAUCACGUUUCAGCGUUUCAGGCGGUUACCCCACUACGAAAUAGUGGUGUAACACAUGUCCGUGUGCAUGAGGGUAGGUAUGCCCACAAAUAUCAGAACAAGUUUCCUAUGGAGGCUUAUGAUAAACAAACAUCCGAUGAAUAUAUGGAAAAGAAAGGCAAUAGGUCUCCAAACAAGGAUUUUCAUCAAGAUUUAAAUUUUGAUGAAAAUGAUGAAAGGCCUGCUUUGUUUCAAACGAGCAUUGAUGUAAAAAGUAUUUCUGACGAUGUCGAAACUAUGGAAAACAGUGCAUUAAUUCCUAACAACUCUAUCAAUAUUACACGAACUAAUCAAUGCUCUGAUCAGUUAUCAAUCACAGAGUUUAGGGUACCAAGCGUUAUUGAAAAAGUUCAACGAUGGAGAGAGCAAACAAGAAAGCACGAGUUUAAGGUGCCAGUACUAACUCCUUUAUUGAAAAAAAGAAGACUGCAGUUGAACAGGAUGAAAACUAAAGGGAAUGGCGAUACUAUAAAAAAUACCUUUACACCAAUAAGUGAAGUUAAAUCUUCAAAGCCAAAUUACGAAUACCUUCAGCAUGCACCACGAAAACACUCAUCAACCAAGGGCCGAAUACCUAUUAGCCGUGAUGAGGUAUAUGUUGACCAAUGUUUCACCCCUGAGCAACGAGGAACGGUCAACUGGGAUGAAGUUAAAAGAACGUUGAAUUUUGAAGGCCUUUCUAUUAAAAAGAAAAUAGUGUUAUCUGGGAAAAAAAGCACUAAGGAGAAGGAAGAAAAUCAAAACUACUUAGAGAGAGAAAGUUUGUCCAGUGGUUUUGUUGAUUUUAACACACAGUGUUCAAAAACUUACCUACAUAAGAAAGACAACAAGAAUUUUAACACAGUGGAGGAGAGAUGCAAUAAAAAUAUAAUAGCCUGUAUAGGCUGCGAUCCAUUUCAACGUGGACCAUUGUCUCUGAUGAACAGUCGUAACGUUAUGGCUAUUCUACGUAAAAAAGGCUGCGAUUACCACGUAGAUGCUUUCCAAAAUAGAGACCUACUUAUAGAGAAGGCUAUAAAGAAUUCAAAUGUUGCAGGGUGGAAAACGUUUAGAGAAACGCCAAGCAAGAAAAAAGACUUCGCAAUCUGUGAUAAAAAUAAAACACAAGAGAAGGUUCCGUUUCAUAAUUGGGAAAGCAUGUCUGUUUUUAGUUUUCGAUCAGAGCAUAAUGGUGAUAGUAGUGACGACGACGAAAGUAUGUGCUCGCGAUUGACGACGGUUAACACGAGUGCAAGCACAGCACGUCGACGACGACAGGAAUACACCAAGGAAGAAAUCCAAUUUAUUUUACGAGGGAUAGAACGAUACGGAACCCGUUGGACAGCGAUUUUAAAUUCCUAUCCAUUUAAAUCUGGUCGUCAUGCAGAUGAUCUGAGAAAUAAAUACAAACAGAUGAAGAGAAGAGAAAUAUUAGUGCAUAACAUGGGCAGCCGUUUACCACGCAAGAAAGGGACUUUCUUAAACAAGGUUUACACAAGCACGGUUUGAUUUUCAACGACAUAGAACGGCAACUGAUCUCAGAAAAAAAUGACAGUCGCUUAUAAAGAAAAGCCGAAAAUGAAUACCAAAUGGUCUAUUUAAAAUCAUUGUUUUUGCGUUUCCUUAAAUACGUAAUUUUACAGGAAGUGAUUUUUGCAGGAAAUUAUUUGCGUAAAUGUAAAACGUAAUUCCGAGAAAAGUCUAAGGAAAACCCCGGGGAUUUACAGCUGAUAAAUUACUACAAAAUCUUUUUUCCGUAAAAAUUUUCUUCUUUGAGGUGCUGUUAACGUUUGUUUACAGCUUCUUUUCCUUCUUAUGUAUAUGUCAAUAUUUUAUUGCGCCGCCCUGAUCUGACGCCUAUCGUAUUGACGUUAUCUGUUCGUACUUUUCGCUUAAGUGCAUUUUGCAGGGAGCUGAGCUGGCUUAACCGUACUGGUCAGAGAAGCAAAUUCUUUCUUGUGCCACAGUGUUGAGCUUAAGAAAAAAGGCGUGUUAUAGGCGUGUUUUAGACAAGAUUAAAGAGCGUGAAUAAGGGAGAAAAAGUAGAACUAUAUGCCAAAUUUACUUGUUGGCUUGCAGACAUUCGCCUUGAUAUAAUUUUCGAGCAUUCGGCAAAAAGGUUUUUUAAGCCUUAAAACAUUUUG